AUGGUGGAGAAUGAGGAUAAAGCUGAAAUUAUGAUCCUUGAGUUGAUGAGGGAGUAUUCGUUCAACUUGUCUCGCUUGAAAGACCUAUUGAGACAAAAUCAUCUCGAGGUCAGCUUGUCGAAAGUUCAAUACGCGGAUAUCGCUCCGAUAGUUGGACUAGAAGCAGUUGUGAAAGGAGAUGAUAUACUCGCCUUUGACAUGUUUCGCGCCCGACUCCCGAACUCUGUCUUCAACCAAAUUGUGGAAGACCUUCGCCGAUUCUCUGCGCAAUAUGGGCCCAUGAGCAAACACGAAAAUGAGGAAGCUCGAGCAUGUUAUCUAUCGGGGUAUUUCAACCGAAUCAUUGCCCUAUUUUCCGGUCUUCUGUUCAAUACCCCAGAAACAAUCCUAGAGGGCGGGGCCACGACCAAAGAUCGUAUAGAAUAUCAAUUCAAGACCUUCGGCGGAAUUACGGUUGUUUUCAUCCAAGCCAAACUGGACAUUGGAAGCUUGCAGGAACGCAUCACCUGUUUGGCGCAAGUCAUUGCUGAAUGUGGUGCCUGCGCUUGGAUGAAUUAUCAAAAUGGAUUCCACGUUCCCAUUAUGGCAAUCUGGUGUGACGGCAAGCAAUUUUGCUUCUUCAAAUUUAUCGACCGACACCUGGAACAUGUGAACCCCCAGUUCUUCUGGGGUAAAUUUGCCAAUGGCGACCGAAAAUUAAGUAUUGAUGAGAUUGAGCUGAGGCCUGGCACCGAUUCUCGAACUUUUGUCCGACAAACUCGACAAAUAUGCGAGAGCCUCUACUACGUCUUUCUUUUCGAAUACCAAUCUGGUCUAGAGGCUUACUGGAAGCGCGGCGUGGAAAAGAGGAAAGCACAUGGCAUAGAGAGAGAACCAACUCCAGAGUGGCCUAUGGCCACCGUCCAUGCCAAAGCAGCCCUGGACGAAGCGCUGUCUGCUUGGAAUCAAAUCAACCGGGGCAAUCUGACGGAGUCCAAGAUAUCGGCAGAAAGAGCCGUUCAACUUCUAGCCGAGAGGUACAUCGAGAGCUGCCAUUCUUCCCUCUAA